AAAUGUGUUUACAUUGUUGAUUGAUUCAAUCAAUUCAUCUCAUCAAUCGACAUUAAUCGAAUAUUUCUAUUUUCUGGUUAUCUUCAAUACAACUAAACAUUCAAAACGGCAUUCUAUCAUCCAACAACGGCCACAAUGGCCACAUUAGAACGCGAUUAUUCCGCGUAUACACCAUUUGGUUUGGCAGCAGCAGCAGCCGGCCAUCAUCAUCCACAUCAUCAUCCGCAUCAUCCCCACCAUCAACAUACAAUGGAUGCACAUGAUCUAAAAGCAUUUAGCCAUCAUCAUCAUCAAACAUCAAUACCACAACAGUUACCAUCAUCGGUAAUGACACCACCAACACCGACCUCAACACCAAAUUCACAACAACAACAACAACAACAGCAGCAACAACAACAACAACAACAUCAUUUACAUGCAACAACAACGGCUACUACACAUCAUCAUCAUAAUAAUAAUAAUAAUCAUCAUCAUCAUCAUAAUUCAAAUUCAAUCAAUAAAAAAGAAAUUGAUCGUGUUAAACGUCCUAUGAAUGCAUUUAUGGUUUGGAGCCGUGGCCAAAGACGUAAAAUGGCUCAAGAACAUCCAAAAAUGCACAAUUCUGAAAUAAGUAAACGUUUAGGUGCCGAUUGGAAGGAAUUAUCUGAAAUAGAAAAACGACCAUUUAUUGAUGAAGCAAAACGUUUACGUGCUGUUCAUAUGAAAGAACAUCCUGAUUAUAAAUAUAGACCACGAAGAAAGACAAAAACGUUGAUAAAAAAAGAUAAAUAUCCAGGUAUUAAUUCUACUGGAUUAUCAUCAUCAGCAACAUCAUUGUCAUCGGAUACAACGAUGCCAACUAGCCGUAAUCACCAUCAUCAUCAUCAUCAUCAUAGUAGUUCAUCAGCGGCUGCAGCAGCAGCUGCCGCUGCUGUACAACAAGUAAGCCGAGAUAUGUAUGGCCAAAUGAAUGGUUAUAUGACCAAUGGUUAUCCAAGUGGUUUGAUGCAUGAAGCAUAUCAACAACAUGCUGCUGCCGCUGGUUAUAGUAGUGCUGCAGCGGCAAGUAUGGCUGCUGCAAAUGGUGGUUUAUAUGGUCGUUAUGAUAUGUCACAAAUGACGAUGCCUGGCAGUUCAAUGCCAAUGCCAUAUAUGAAUGGUUCGACAAAUUAUUCAUCGAUGGCACCAAUCUCUGGAUCAGCAUAUUCAUCGAUGGGUUCAUCAGCAAGUCCAAUAUCGGGCACUGGAUCAUCAUCAUUAUCAUUGAAAUCAGAAUCAUCAGGUCAUAGUGGUAAUUCACCGAAUACGAUGGCAGCGGCUGUUGCCGCUGCAGCAACAGCUGUAAGACGACCGUGCAAUACUGAUUUACGUGACAUGAUUAGUAUGUAUUUACCGCCAGGUGAAGCGGCAGCUGCUGCUGCCGCCGCCGCCGCAUCCUCUAAUGGUGGUAAUAAUGGUGAUCCAAAUAAUGUACAAACAACAAGAUUACAACAGAUGCAAAAUCAUUAUCAAACCUCACCGAAUGAACAUCCAAUGUCAUUAUCUCAUAUUUAAUCACAUCAUUCAUUCUUUCAUUGUGUUUAUGGUGUGUGUGUGUGUGUGUUGUACUAUGUGAGCAUUUCGGUGGGAGAAGGGCGAAAAAAAAACAUUCAAAUUCAAUGUUUUUGUGUGUCACUUAAAUCGAAUCUCAAUCCAUCAUUAUCGACAAAAAAAAUAACCAUUUCCUUGUUAAGUAUCUGAUCCGCGCCCUUUAUUGGAAAAAAAAGAACUUGAAUCAAUUUGUGUCAAAGUUAAUCUUCAAAUUACAUCACAUCAUUAUCACCAUCAUCACUACGACCACCACCACUACCAACAACAACUACCAUCAUCAUCAUUAAACAUAUGAACGCCCAUUUGUUCUUUUCUCAUCAUCAUUUCUCACACUCAUUGAUUGAUCAUGAUCAUCAUCAUCAUCAUCAGCAACAACAAGACUGAAUGGACGGAAAAUCAUACCCACUGGGCAGCUAUUAUGGAUUAAAAAAAAAUUUAGAAGAAACGAAAAAAUUUUUCAUCACAUCACUUGCCACAAAAAAAAUA